CUUACACGACCACUCAGUAAGCUUCAUUGAUGCUUAUAUAUAGCUGCGUUACAUAUAUAUUAAUACCUCUGAUCCACGGAGAGAGAUACAGAGGGAAAGAUGGAAGAGGACAUAGAGAAGAAAGGAGAGGGAAGUGGAAAGAAGAGUGUGACGAUGCAGAGAGAGAACAGUGAAGGAGGGACGAGAGGUCAAGUGUUGAGGAAAGUGAUGAGAAACUUGCAAGAGGUCAUCUUCGGCACCAAGCUUGCCGUGCUUUUUCCCGCCGUUCCUCUCGCCGUCGCCGCUGAUACCUAUGACUUUGGACGGGCAUGGAUAUUUGCUCUGAGCUUACUUGGACUUGCCCCUCUAGCUGAACGUGUCAGCUUCCUCACCGAACAAAUCGCAUAUUUCACUGGCCCAACAGUUGGAGGGCUUCUCAAUGCAACAUGUGGGAAUGCAACUGAGAUGAUAAUAGCACUACUGGCACUUCACAAGAACAAAAUCAAUGUUGUCAAGUUCUCUCUUCUGGGUUCCAUUCUCUCUAAUCUCCUCUUAGUUCUUGGCUCUUCACUUCUCUGUGGAGGCCUUGCCAACCUCAAGAAAGAACAGAAGUAUGACAGAAAACAAGCAGAUGUAAACUCACUCCUUUUGCUUUUGGGAUUGCUUUGUCAUUUGCUGCCAUUGAUCUUCAAGUAUGCCCUAGCAGGGGACCAUUACCCUAUCGCUACUUGUACUCUUCAAUUGUCAAGAGCAAGUAGUAUUGUCAUGCUUCUGGCUUAUGUUGCUUAUAUCUUUUUCCAAUUGAAAACUCACAGACAGUUAUUUGAUUCACAAGAGGAAGAUGAUGAAGAAGAGAAGGCUGUGAUAGGAUUUUGGGUUGCGUUUACCUGGUUGGUGGGCAUGACACUCCUCAUAUCUUUGCUUUCUGAAUAUGUUGUGGGAACUAUUGAGGCUGCUUCAGAUUCUUGGGGUAUUUCUGUAAGCUUCAUUAGCAUAAUUUUGCUCCCAAUUGUGGGGAAUGCUGCAGAACAUGCUGGUUCAAUCAUAUUUGCUUUUAAGAACAAGCUGGAUAUAUCGCUAGGUGUUGCUAUGGGAUCUGCAACUCAAAUUUCUAUGUUUGUGGUUCCAUUAAGUGUGAUUGUUGCAUGGAUAAUGGGAGUAAAAAUGGACCUAGAUUUUAAUCUCCUAGAAACUGCGUGUCUUGCUCUGACAAUAAUAGUCACAGCUUUCACUUUGCAGGAUGGAACUUCACACUACAUGAAAGGAGUGGUGCUUUCGCUGUGUUACAUUGUCAUUGCUGCAUGCUUUUUUGUUUAUAAAGUUCCAUUUGCCAAUCAAAUUCCAGGCGAGAAUGUUAGAUUUCAACCAUCUACGGAUGCCAUGGCCACUUGACUUGACCAGUGGCUUAAUUCACAUAUUGGCUGCUUCAGAAAGCUAACAAAAGAACCAAAGCGUCGCCGUUUUAUGGAUCUCAAAGAUAAUUUGAACCACAUUUCACUGGGAUGGAGAGUUUGGAUGCCCCUUUAUGCUUCAAAUUGUUACAUUUUCAAACUCAGGUGUUGAGCGCUAUCACAAACCAGAAAAAACAAGGUUAACUAUAUAAUAGGGUUGAAAGAAGGCUCUGUGUAGUGCUUUCUUUGUAAUAAAGUUUCACUCUUGACCUCUGGGGUUCGCAAUAACGUUUGUACGGUCUUUCCCUUUUUGUUUCAUUUCCUGUAAGGAUAAUUUUUCCUGUACCUAAUUUACUGAAGAGAAAGAAAUAAUAAAAAAAAUCUCAUCA